AUGGAGUCGACGUCUGCACUGCCUCCUACUGCGGAUUUACCAGCGUGCUGGACACCCACGGACCAACGCAUCAUGGAGCAUUUGCUGCUGGACCAAUCCGAUGCGGAGGACCAUUACGCUGCGGCUCACCAAGAUGCACGCAAUUCUCCGCGUACUGUGGAGCUCAGUCGAGCAGACAAGCUCAAACCCAAGCAGAGCACGACCAAGCGUAGUGUUAGUCCUGCUAAAAAGGUUGACAGUGUCAAGGCCAAGCAAAUUGAGGAGGACAGACGAGCGCGUCAUCGAGAAGUGCAGCGGCGCUUUAUGCAGCGCAAGAAGGCAGAGGUAGAACGCACUAAGACACUGGCACAAACACUGGAGAAAAAGUAUCGAUACCUCGAAAUUUCGGCCGAAGAGAAGAACUUGAAGGUCGAGAACCGAGAGUUGCAAGAACGAGUGGACGCUGCGGCGGCGUCGGUGCCCAGAGUGCCGCAUGUUGACCCUGUACAGCUUUUGAUGCAGCAAAACUGGAUAUCCGGAUCGAACGGAUAG